AUGGCACCCCGGAAUCGCCGUUUCGACUACAUCGCCCAUAACCGGCGAAUACGAUGCAAGAUGUGCACCAGGACCCGCUUGCAGUCAGCUUUCUCCAAACGCCAACUCGAUCUGCUUCGCAGAUGUAUCCUCGAAAAGAGUUCCAAUGCCACUACCAAUGAAGGACUCGCCAUCUGCUUUAAUUGUGCGACUAACCAGGUUGUUGAGCUCACCUGCUGCGUCUGUGACAUGACUAUGGCUUUGGAGUUCUUUAGUAAAACCCAGCGUCACGACCCAGAUAGCGCGCGAUGCAAAAACUGUGUCCAGGGGCACUUGGAUAGGGAACCCGUUUCAGAAGAAGAUCUUAGGGAGGCGAUUGAAAAUGCGAGUAGCUAUGCAGCCACUAUCAUAACCCAUAACCAAGGAGGCAAUCGUCAUGCUCUUGCACCAACGCGUGACCCUGCCACCACCGACAAUGCAAUCCAGGAGCAGAAAACCUCCCAUCCUGUCAACCUAACUGCUGCAGACCAAAACACCGAUGACCAUGGCAUCGACGGCAGUGGAAUGUGGAUUGAUGCAAGAUAUAAAGGCAAGCUGGCCAAACAUUCCAAGGAUCGCAGGGUGUCCGAAGGUUCUGAGGAAGAUGAGCUGUCCGAAACUUCUGAAGAACGCGAGUUAACCAAGGAAGGCAAUCCGGCACGCGAGGUGUCCAAAUCUUUAAAGAAACACGAGCUAGUUGAAUCUUCCAACGAACAGGAGCAGAACGGAGAUUUCCACGUUGAACAUGAAUUCGUCGCCUUCUAUCCGCGGGGCAAGCCGCAUAUCCGGACUGCUGAAGCACCAGCUUCCCCUCCGAGUGUGCACAGUGGAUGGGAGAUGUUGGGAGUUCGUGCUUGUAGCCAGAUGGCCAGCAAGGCAGCUGCGGAAAGACAGAAAAGAGGCAAUCCCGGUUUUGCAAAGACUCCUGGCACACGUUACUCGAAAAACGAGGCGCCAACCAUGCACCGGCCUAGGCCAACUGAGAGGACCGUCAAAUCGGAUGAUGAAGAUGAAUCCGACGUUGACCUCCAAAAAUAUAUGUAG